UAGUAGAAACAACGACUCUAAAUAUAGAAAACCAAAAUCGAAACCAAUAAUGUUAUUUAAAUUUUGAAACUACUGUUCGAAAACAACAUAGAAUAUUCUAUUAAAAUACUCCAAACAACGCCACGGUCACACGUCCAGUAGUGGUGAAAAAUGGUUAUAUGUGUGAAAAAUCGCCCGACCAGAGACAGACCGUCAGUUUUCUACGUGUUAGUGAUUCCUUCAUCAUCGAAUGGCAGACAGAAGUCUCGAAAACGGUAGUGACGUCACAACAAUGGAGACAUGGAAACCAUACAUGAGGAUGCUGAAUCAAACUUCGAAUUAGAUAAAGUCAAGAAAAAAUACUCCAACCUGGGCCACACGGUGUUGAUGGUACAACUUGAGCGUGGCGGGUCAGGCUUAGGUUUGAGCCUGGCCGGUCACAAGGACAGGAACUGCAUGGCCGUUUUUGUUUGUGGACUCAACCCUAAAGGGGCAGCAUACAAAGCGGGCUCCAUUCAAGUGGGGGAUGAAAUAUUAGAGGUGAACGGUGUAGUUUUGCAUGGAAGAUGCCAUCUAAAUGCUUCAGCGAUCAUCAAAGGAUUGUCAGGGCCAGUAUUCAAGGUCAUUAUUUUAAGACGAAAAGCUGCCAUCGAAGACAUCGCGGUAAAGCCUAUCACACAUUUUCCCAUUUCGCUAUCAGAUGAGGCCACGGAAGAGCAGUAUGCAUCGAGCUAUCCAAACGUUAGGACCGUUAGUGUUAAAAAGGGUACUCAAAGCUUGGGGAUCAUGAUAAUAGAAGGGCGCCAUGCUGAAGUAGGGCAAGGCAUCUUCAUAUCGGACAUCCAAGAGGACUCUGCUGCUGAAAAGGCUGGCCUGGAAAUUGGAGAAAUGAUCUUAGCUGUGAACAAAGAUUCACUGGUUGGAUCAAACUACGAAAAUGCAGCGAAUCUGCUGAAAAGAACCGAGGGCCUAGUGACUCUGGUGGUAUCGAAUCCAGGCAAAAAGUCCAGUGAAACACCGUCAGGCGAAUCUGGUGCAACGCCUGCAACGUCUGUCAGAUCUCAUUCUCCUGGAGCGUUGAAACCCCCAUCGACUGCUGGGUCGAAACCACCUUCGCGUCCUACUACACCCACACCAGAGCCUCCCGCAGAUCCUGCGACGUGUCCAAUAAAUCCUGGCAAAGACACGACAAUAGAAAUUAACACAGACAACAAAAGUUUGGGAGUUUUCUUCAUUGGAGGAAAAGACACACUUAUUAAUAGUAUAGUGCUGGUCGAAAUUUACCCUGGAGGUACUGCAGAUAAAGACGGAAGGUUACAACCUGGAGACCAAAUCUUAGAUGUAAAUGGUACAUCCCUGAAGGAUGUGUCACAUACUACUGCUUCACAGGCAUUGAGGCAAACGUUACCCAAGAUGAAGCUCAUAGUACACAGGCCGGCCACGCAGGAGUACACACCUUUAGACGUUGAACUUGUGAAAAAACCUGGGAAGGGAUUAGGCAUCAGUGUCGUGGCAAGGAAAAAUGGCAAGGGUGUUUACGUCGCAGAUAUUAUAUCUGGCGGACCAGCCGACAUGGACGGCAAAAUAGCGAAAGGUGAUCUAAUAGUCUCGGUGAACGGACAAAGCGUCGAGAACGCGGCGGGCGAAGAGGCGGGAGCAAUUUUGAAAAUCGCCACCGGGAAAGUUAGCUUAAAAUUAAAUAGAUACAAACCUGUACAAAGAUAAAAGUAGGCGGUGUCAGUUUAGCGGGAACAGAAUUAAGUUAACCGAACCGGACAGUAUGGUUGAGAAGUUGUUUUGUGAGGGGUAUAAAGGUCUAAAAGUGGAGAACGAGUAAAAUCCCAGAGAAUUUAGUGAAUUCAAAUGCAAAAAUACCAUUAUGGAGAAUACUUGAAAAAAAUCAUGAAUGAGCACUGCGAUUGUUUUAUCUAACUCACUGUUUUCUCCACAAGGGCAUCGUAUUUUUUAUCCCUCACAAAAAAUAAUUACGAAUGUUACAACAUUAUUGCCAUGCAUUUAAUUUUUAGUUUCUAAAUAUGAAACUUCAGUUUUCAUGAACUUAAAUGGUUGCAUUUAAUAGUUUUUCCUUUUCCAAAUAUGUACAAUACAGGGUGGAUCAGAUUUUAUUAAGAGUAGCAUGAUAAUUAUUUUCCUUGCAAUUAUUCUAAAAAAAAAAAAAGAAAUGAACAAUAUGAUGGGGCCAAACGAUGGAAGUAGAGCAUAAGUAUAAAAGUGAUUGUGCCAAAAGUUUUAAUUCAAGACAUUAUUUCAUGUAACACCUGGAACCUAUCCUGUGGUUUUUAUGUUCAUAGGACUACAUUGUCUGUCAUAUGUUUUAAUUUCUGUUUAUUGUAUGACGUCUCGGCCACUACGGUGGCCUUUUUCAAACUCAAUGACGAUGACAGUUUUUUAUCUGUCGUUUAGGUGUCAGUCCAUUUAUUUUUUAUUUUCUUCAUUCCUAUACAGUGUCUUGCUUCAAUAGACUGAACGGUUGUGUUGUAUGCCGAUAUCGCGUGAAGCCAUAUUUAUAAUUUUAAGAUUGCCGCGUAAAAUUAGAAUAGCCUAGGAUCGCAUAGGCACCUGUAUUACGUAACUCAAAAAGCAACAUUAUAUAGAUUUUUUAUGACAUUAUCUAGGUUUUUUGAACUAGCUGACAUUCAAUUCAUGUUCACUUUUAGUAGACGCGGCAUAAACUAGUGGCUAGCUAGUGCACACGUUGACAUUGUACCGAUUUUUUGACAUAUGGGUUUUUAACGUAACAACCCUGUCGUUCUUAAAACACAACCCCAUAUAUGCGGUUUGAUUGGACCAGACAAUGAAGUCCUGUGAUCAAGACAUUAUUUUAAGCUGCAUCUCACACACUUAACUUAAAGAAAUUACAGCUCAGAUGAUAACUGUUUCUGUCAAACGUAAAUUUCGUUCGGCAACAGAGUACUAAUAAUUCGCGUUGCUUUGUGCGUAAAUGUCGCUGUGUGCUCGUGUACACCGUGUGGUAUGGGUGAUUCAGAAAAUGGCGGCAACAUCUCUAGGGCAUAAAGAAGAUAAAAAAAACCCGAAAAGUUUAUAUAAAAAUGGGUCCCAAAAUAUUGACUCAAAAUUGUGUACAUGUUAACAGCAUAGUCAAUACAUACAAUGUUCGUGUCUGAGCUUACACCAGUUUCUUAAAAAUUAAGAAAUUUUGAAGAGAAGAAAAAAUAAAAUUAUUUUCUGUGACACUGACUUUUUUGAAACAUAUAUUGCAUCUUUAAAUAAGGUAUUUAAUUGGUUGAAUGUUUGAGGUAAAAUUCGUAUAAAAAACUCCAUCCCGUUCCACUUUAAAAAUAUGCUGUUGGUUAUUAAAGUUUUACACUGAAAAUUGAAUUUAGUGUUUUAGGAGAGUAGUCCUACCUGGAGGUUAUUUGAACAAUGUUCACUUUGAUCUGGUUGAGUCUCAUCAGUGACAAAAAAAUUUACUAAGCUGCGUGUCUUGGUGAUAGGAGGUUUUAGGACCUACACUUACAGUUACUUUUUUUGCUAUUUUUGGAUGUACUUAUAUUAUAUUGCCACGUUUUUUUGAAUAAGCGUUUGGCUAGCCAAUAUGUACUACGAAUUUAUCGUUUGACGUCAUCGACAGCUGUCAUCUGAGCUUCAAUUUUUUUACGUUAUAAGGAAGGCUGGAAGGUGUUAGCCUUAGGCGAAUGUCAUCUAUUCUUUAUUUACUGUCGUCCGCACCAUCAGUAUUUUUACUGAUCAUUCAGUCACUUUCAGUGGAUUUCCACGCAACCUUAUAUCCUGGCAACAUGGUGAUAGAUCACAGUAAAUACUCGUAUGACAUUCGUCUAAUAAUCCUAUUCCUAUCAAAAGAAUCUCAAAAAAUUAUGACAAAUACAUGUUAUGAAUGUUAACUGACACCCUGUAUGAUUAUAAGUACUUUAGAUUAUAUAUUAUAUUUUUUGGAUCUAGUCAAUUUAUGUAUAUUGAUAAAUACACUUAGUAACAUUUUUAACAUACAUCUACCAUACACGCAUCUAAAACUAUGUAUUUCUUUAAUUUAUUAUUAUGAUGAUAUUGCUAUUGCAUGUUAUGUACGAAGUGUUCUAGAACGGGCACAACUAGGCCAAUUUUUUAAUUUAUAACACACAGUUUCUAAUUGAAGAUGCACGAAUUUUAUUGCUGAUUUCUGAAAUAUAUACUUUUUUUAAAUUUUCCUCAUUCCGUGGACCUGUUGGCGAUAGUUUCCAGAGCCGUGGGAGUAAUCUUCAGCCAUUUUACCAUAUAUUCCAUUUUGUCAUUUGGACAUUUCGUCAAUUGUGUCAAAUCAAAUUAAGAAACUAGUCUACAGAGUGUAUAGGGUAAUCGGGAAAUAGCCGCUGGAAUAAGGGAACAUGAGUAGGACUGUGCGAAAGAAGAAUAAAAACAUGAAAGAUCCUGAAGAUGGGGAUAAUGUAGAAAAAUACAGUGAUAACAACGAAGAACUGUCGGACGGAAAAGAACGAUGGUCUUGCCCAGCCUGUUGUAAACAGGGACGAGUUACCCGAAGCGGAUCCACAUGCGGUGCUCGUUCAGAAACCACUGCUCCUUUACAACCAGAUCAGUCUACCCCUACCGACACUCUCACCCUUAUACUUAACCAAUUAUCAACUAUGGCCAGUGACAUAAAGGAUAUUAAGAACUCUCAAUCUCAACUCAGAACUGAUGUUGCUUAUUGUAGAAACUUGCUACAGCAACAUUCGGACUCGAUCUCUCGGCAUGAUGACUUAAUAGCGGCCUGCGAAACCAACAUACAAAAUAUCCAGGUUACUCAAACAGAGCUGUCUUCUAACAUUGCUAAUAUUGAAUCGAGACUUGCAAGAUCUAUGGAGAUGAUGCACUCAGGCAACGGCGCUUCUUCUACCCCUAUUGCCCCAAGAUCCCAAGCUGAGACAAUGGAGUUAUUUAGACGUUCCCACAAUAUCAUUCUGAGGGGCAUAGCUGAAGGUAACGAUGACAUAAACAUAGUAUCAGAGAUAAUUAGGCAUAUUGAACCAUCUGCCGAAAAUCACCGACUCAGCAUCACUCGCCUUGGCAGAACAACUUCAAGCAAUCGUUUAAUUAGAGUUGUGUUUUCCUCACCUAUUAUCGUCAGCAAUAUUUUGCGGAAGAAAAACUCCAUCCUUAGCCACCCUACGCUUCGUCACGUAAAAAUCUCUGACGACAAAACCAGAGAUCAAAUGCAAGAACUACAACACCUUCGCGAAGAGCUUAGACGUCGUCAAACAACAGGCGAAAGUAAUAUUACUAUAAAAUACGUUCGUGGUAAACCUUCUAUAGUGCACACAGCUACCCAGGAGAUCACACCUUCAAAAAACUGAUAAAUUCUGUGGCAAACUGGACGGUUUGUUACACUAAUAUACAAUCUCUCUUUUCUAAGCUACUUGAACUCCAAGCAUUUGUUCGAGACAAUAAUCCAACGUUCGUUUGUCUUACUGAAACAUGGCUCCAUUCCAACGUGUCCGACUCUUCCAUCAAUUUGCCUGGAUACUAUUUAUACAGAAUGGAUUCACCACGCACUCCUGGUUUUGGUGGAGUAUGCAUUUAUGUUCGCACGGAAAUCGCGUCAGCUUUCUCGGUAUCUCCCUCUUUCAGUCCUUUCGAUGGCAUUGACAAUCUAUUUUUGGAAUUGAGGUGCCCAAAUUUCAGCUUCACGAUAGGCUGCAUAUAUCGGCCACGGCCCUGUUUGGGAGACACACACCUGUGCAGUCUCAUUUCAGAUCUCUUAAAUAAAAACACCAACCUUUUCAUAGCUGGUGACUUCAAUCUACGUGACAUUAGCUGGCCUAUGUCAACCAUUCC